UUGUCAACGCCAAAUUGUGUUCAAAUUGUCUACCUCGUUUAAACUUAGAAAUAUUCACUUCUGCAUCUAAGGAGAGCGUCGUCAUGGCUUCCACGACACCCAUAAAGAUUGGAAUAAUUGGUGGUUCGGGCCUUGAUGAUCCUGAUAUCUUGGAGGGAAGGACUGAGCGUUAUGUUGAUACACCAUAUGGAAAGCCAUCAGAUGCCCUGAUACUGGGGAAGAUCAAAAAUGUUGAAUGUGUGCUCCUUGCAAGGCAUGGAAGACAACACACCAUAAUGCCAUCUAACGUGAACUACCAGGCCAACAUCUGGGCACUGAAAGAAGAGGGCUGUACACAUCUGCUGGUUACUACGGCAUGUGGCUCACUUCGGGAGGAGAUUCAGCCAGGAGACAUUGUCAUCAUUGAUCAGUUCAUUGACCGGACUACCAAGAGGGCUCAGACACUGUAUGACGGGCAGCCCACCAGUCCUCCAGGUGUGAGUCACAUUCCUAUGGCUGAGCCUUUCUGCAACAGAACCAGAGAGGUUUUGGUGGAGGUGGCUCGGAGUCUCGGGGUCAAGUGCCAUGUGAGAGGAACUAUGCUAUCCAUCGAGGGGCCUCGCUUUUCGUCGCGGGCAGAAAGUCUGAUGUUCCGCCAGUGGGGUGCUGAUGUCAUCAACAUGACCACCGUGCCUGAGGUGGUCCUCGCCAAGGAGGCCGGCUUGUGCUAUGCCAGCAUUGCCAUGGCAACAGACUAUGACUGUUGGAAGGAACAUGAGGAGGCGGUCUGUGUUGACAACGUAAUGAAGACCAUGAAGGAGAAUGCCAACAAAGCUAGCAGUAUCCUGCUAACUGCAAUCCCCCAGAUUAGUCAGAUGGACUGGGCUCAGACAAUAAAGACCUUGAAAUCAAUGGCGCAAUCCUCAGUAAUGUUACCAAAACACUAAGCGCGUACGGAACAAUGAAGGAAAAACAAACGGAUACAAAUCCCAGACACCGUCCACACCAACACGGACAACAACAGACUCAACUCCGCCUGUGGAUUUGUCAUCAUUGAAUCACAAGAAAGUGCCUCACAUAAAUAAUGCAUGUGCUGUGUCUUAAGCUGGACUGUCAUUGGUUUUGUUUACCUUACACCCCCCCCCCCCCCACACACACACACACACACACACACCACCCCCGCCAUUACUCUCUCUGAACACUGAACAACAACCACAUCUUUCCAGCAGACUUUUUUUUCCCUGUCAGUCCAACCUCAUGUUUAAGUUCAAAAAAAUCAACGGUGUUAUUUUUGUGGAUUUAUCUUUUUUGUCAUCGGUAAACUGUCAUAAUCUGUAUUGCUGUUAAUGUAAGAUAUAAUAAAAACCUGCCAACACCUCUGCAAGAUUGAGUUAUAGGAUAAAAGAACAGUGGAUGUCUCUAUCUUUAGCUGUUGGGGCAAUUUUUUAAGACAUUUUGUGGAAUACUUUCAUUUGCAUUUCGUCUUAAUGACAAUGUUAAAUGAAUCAAACCACAACAGCAAAUCAUCCAUAAAUUCCAGUACAUGCAUGUUACAUGUAAACUUUAUUGUUCUUAUUCAUUAAACAAUUAAGUUUGACAGUAUUUUGGGUACUGACUGAGGUGAAUGACAUUGUUUUCUCACAUGUAAUACCUUUUAUAUACUGUUAGAUUUGCCAUGGUGUAAUGGAAUUAGCAUGUCUGUAAGAGUGAUGGUCCUUCUGUCACUCACAUUAGAUCAGUAUGUUUCUCUACAUUUGCUGCAUCUGAUUAUUAUCAAGCUGCACAGUGUCUACAAAUAUUAGCCUCCUUGCACUGUAUUUCCUCUUUGUUACCUUGUCUCUAUAUGAAGACAUUGUACAGAAUAAUAAGCUUAAUAAAGGCUGCUUUAAAAAAAAUGUAUAUAUGCUUAUAAAUAUUGUAACUGUUCAAAGAGUUCAGGUCCUGAUUACAAGUUGUUGACCAAAUAUGAAAAUCUUCA